AACCUGAAUACACCGGGAAAAAAUGUAUCUAGUACAGACGGGCCCAAAUUUCCUGGCGAUAAGAGCUCAACGACGCAAAACAACAAUCUGCAGAAAAAAGGGAUCCAAGUAUUAUCUGACGGCCGAGUCACUAAUAUUCCUACGGGAAUGGUAACAGAUCAGUUUGGAAUGAUUGGACUUUUAACGUUCAUUCGAGCGGCAGAGACUGAUCCCGGCAUGGUACAUCUCGCACUAGGCAGUGAUUUAACAACACUAGGUCUCAACCUAAACUCUCCAGAAAAUCUCUACCCCAAAUUUGCAUCUCCUUGGGCAUCAGCACCCUGCCGACCUCAAGAUAUUGAUUUUCAUGUUCCAUCGGAGUAUCUAACAAACAUACACAUUAGGGACAAGCUUGCUGCAAUAAAACUUGCCCGCUAUGGAGAGGACCUCCUUUUCUAUCUAUACUACAUGAAUGGAGGAGAUGUCUUACAGUUACUUGCAGCAGUAGAGUUAUUUAACCGAGACUGGAGGUACCACAAAGAAGAGCGAGUCUGGAUCACCAGGGCCCCAGGAAUGGAGCCAACAGUAAAAACCAACACCUAUGAAAGGGGGACAUACUAUUUCUUUGACUGUCUUAACUGGAGAAAGGUUGCUAAAGAGUUCCACCUGGAGUAUGAUAAACUAGAGGAGAGACCUCAUCUGCCGUCAUCUUUGAACUACAACCCUGCUCAGCAAGCCUUCUAAAGACUUAACUGUUCAUGGGGUAUGGCUGUCUCAGCACAAUACUCAAACUGCGGAAACCGAAGUGGCUCAGGCAUCCUGGUUUUUAUUCUUUGAGGAUCUGGCAAUUGGCUCAUGUGGAUGGAUCGACAUUUUGAAGUCCUGCCUUAGUAAUUAUGUGCUGCCCAACACAACUGAAUUUGUAUUUUUUUGUUUUUUUUUUAUUAUUUUGAGCAGGGUAUGUUUGAAAACGACACACAAAAUAAUUUCAGCCUAGAGGCAGAUUUUGUUCUGCUAAAGGACAAGUGGACCGACAACAUUUUCAUUGCUAAAUUUCCAAAGUGUAAAAAUUUAAAAAGUUUGCAUUGUUCGUUGUAGCAUUACUGGUAAUAAUAAAAAAAAUGUUUAGUGCAUUUUUAUGUGAAGAUCCUCCUUGUAUUUCAUUUGGAAAGAUAAGCAGCCUGCAUUUGAUUUGUUCAUUUUACUACCCCUAAUGUUUUUGAAUGGCAUUUCCGCCAAGUUAAAUGCAAGAACAUUUGACUGUUUAAGUGAACGUUAUUGCCACGACCUCUGGACAUUUUCCACGGUUGUGUAUCACUGGGCUUCAUCUUUCCAGAAUGAGCAAAACACUGUCCAGUCUUUGUUACAAUUUUGUAAUAAAAGUGUACAUUUUUUUAAUUUUUGGACAUCACAUGAAUAAAGAUAUGUAUGUACGAAUGUGUAUAUAUUAUAUAUAUGACAUCUAUUUUGGAAAAUAUUUGCCCUGCUGUACCUCAUUUUUCGGAGGUGUGCAUGGAUGCAAUACAUGAAAACAGGACAUUUCGGGAACUGCUGAGCAGGGGACCGCUGUGUCGCCCUGUGCACUUAAGGGCCAGAUUUUCAGCAGCCAAGGACAUCCAUACCCAAUUGAACAUGAUGGGACUUCAGGAAGUGAACUGAGACAAUUCACAAUGGCUGGUUGAACAGCAGCAUUUCAUAGGAAAAAAAAGAAUUAAAAAAAAAUCAAUCUUGUAUUUUCUGACCACAUUAAAGCUUCUUCUCUUUGUAAUAAAGUAGAAAAGCUGUCCUAA